UAAUCCCAAAGCAGUCCCUCCCUCCUCUCGGCUGUUCCCCGGCCAGCUCGGUCGCUCUCUCUCUCUUUCCAGCCGCAGCAGUCGGUGGGUUGAGUUGCGCGCUGCCAUUGUUCUGCAGUCCGGAGUGAGUCUGCGACUGUCCGCUCACUUUCACCGCGGCGGCUCCAGCUUGUCACAGUGCGCCAGGCGAGAACCCGACCCCCGGCGACGGCACCCGAGUCAGGCAAACAAACCGAAACGGGGACAGCCGGUCUUGCUCUGAUAUCCCGGGCAGGACGGGAAUCCAGAAGAAACUAAAGCCAGCGGAUAUCCCUCUGCCGUAAUAAUUUCCUCUUCUUUGGAGGCGAAAGGAAUUUUAUUUUCCAUAUACAUGUGGGUUGCGAAUAGAGACUGCAGUCGCUACAGAUAUUAGUGUUCAUGUUUGUUUUCUAACCUGUGCGAUAUUGUUGUUUUUGGUGCAUCGCUAGAUGUGUUUUUCUUCGCUUUAAAAACAAUUAUUCUAUAAUAGUAAAAAAAAAAACUACUGUAUUUCAACCAAACAAAAAAUCAAGCUGCUUGUUUUUCAACGCCAAAGUAUUUUUUUUCGGAAUUUUGUUCUGGAUUCUUAUCUUUCUUUUCCCCCCAAACCAGAAAGCCGACUUUGUCCAAACCUGUUGUUUAUACCGAUUCAUUAACUGCUAUACUCGGACGCGGCUGCGAAAACAAGGGACGAAUUUUUAACCGUAUAGAAUCUUGCAAUUAAUUAAUCGCACGGAAAGUAUUGAUCCCGGCGAUUUUUGAGGAAUGUCACAUUCUCGGUUUGGGGCAUAAACGCAACAGCUACAAGCAAACGAAUUGUAGGUGAAUCUCCAAAGAAGAAAACACGCUUAGCGUCGUCUUUGCCAAGAAAAAUCAGAAACCGCAUUUUCUGCAGGUAUUACCGGUCUUCCCUUAAGGAAGAUCUUGCUUGACUGAGAUUUGGUUGUUCGCGUUUUCUCUUCUUCCACGGUAGUGUGCUAGAAUACCGGCUAUCUUGUGCCAGAGUUUCUGAGCCCUAUUCAGAAAGACGAAAACGGACUGAAAGGGGGAAUCCUCUCUCGCGUUACCUCCACCGCCACAGGCGGAAGCUUGGAUUAAACGCAUAUAAAUAUACAGAAGAGGUGAAAGGAAGAAAAGAGGUUUUUUUUCUACACGUCUGCCGUCGUGUUUGAUAGAGCCUGAAGCUUCGUCUAUCAAGUGAAGAGUGAGUUGCCAGCGUCCUCAGAAGCUGCUUGCAGACGAUGCCCGACGGCCAUUUCUAGGAGGUGCUACCGUUGUGGUGUGAUGCCCUUCCUGUUCCCGCGUCUGUCUGGGGAAGUCCAGCUCGGCUGAUGUUUGCAUCAGUGUCCAGUACAGAGGAAAAACGGCUUGCAUCCUUUUCCCAGAAUUCCCUGUGGGGAGCUGUAGACAGUGGAUCCCCGUCUCUGAAGUCCGGAGCUCUUCAGAGGAAGACGGAGGUGGAGAAAGGAACAAACAAAGACUUUGGCUUCCACACUUGAGAAGACUACCAAUUUCUUCCCUUUCAUCAUAUUGCAUACUUUUCCUUAACCUGUUGCUUGUUGUUCUUUGAGCUCUACCAGUCAGAUAAAGGGGUUCAUCCCAUCGGUCAGCCAGUCGGACAAAAUGGCAAACAACACAGCGGACCACCCCCCAGGGAACUCUGUUGCCGAGGGCAACCAUGAGGGGGAGUUUGGCUGCACAGUAAUGGACCUCCGAGAGCUGAUGGAGCUGAGGAGUGGUGAAGCCGUUGCCAAAAUCGGUGAUAAAUUCGGUGAUGUUCAAGGACUCUGCCGUAGGCUGAAAACAUCGCCCAUAGAAGGCCUCUCGGGUAAUCCCGUGGACCUGGAGAAACGGCACCAGGCAUUUGGGAAGAACUUCAUUCCCCCGAAGAAAGCCAAGACCUUCUUGCAGUUAGUGUGGGAGGCUCUGCAGGAUGUGACUCUCAUCAUCCUGGAAGUGGCUGCCAUUAUCUCGCUUGGACUGUCCUUCUACCACCCCCCAGGGGGCGACAGUGAACUGUGUGGCCAGGUGGCAGGAGGGGCGGAAGAUGAAGGUGAGGCCCAAGCCGGGUGGAUUGAGGGUGCGGCCAUCUUGUUCUCUGUCAUCAUCGUUGUCCUGGUGACGGCGUUCAACGACUGGAGCAAGGAGAAGCAAUUCCGAGGGCUUCAGAGCCGCAUCGAGCAAGAGCAGAAGUUCACCGUCAUCCGCAAGGGUCAGGUUAUCCAGAUUCCCGUGGCCGAGAUUGUGGUCGGAGACAUCGCCCAGAUCAAAUAUGGGGACCUUUUGCCUGCUGAUGGCAUCCUGAUCCAAGGUAACGAUCUGAAGAUAGACGAAAGCUCGCUGACGGGGGAGUCUGACCACGUCAAGAAGUCGCUGGAGAAAGACCCCAUGCUGCUGUCUGGCACUCAUGUGAUGGAGGGUUCAGGACGCAUGGUGGUCACUGCGGUGGGCUUGAAUUCUCAAACUGGAAUCAUUUUCACCCUGCUGGGAGCAGGUGGAGAGGAGGAGGAGAAGAAGGUGAAGAAAGGUAAAAAACAAGGAGCCCCUGAAAAUCGCAACAAAGCGAAAACCCAGGACGGGGUUGCCCUGGAGAUCCAGCCCCUGAAGAGCGAGGAAUGUGUGGAGAGUGAAGAGAAGGAGGUGAAGAAAGUGAACGUGACCAAGAAAGAGAAAUCGGUCCUGCAGGGCAAGCUCACCAGGCUGGCUGUGCAGAUAGGCAAAGCAGGUCUGAUCAUGUCUGCGGUGACGGUCGUCAUUCUCAUCCUCUACUUUGUCAUCGACACCUUUGGGGUUCAGGGGCGCCCCUGGCUGAAGGAAUGUACCCCCAUCUACAUCCAGUACUUUGUCAAGUUCUUCAUCAUUGGCGUGACCGUGCUGGUGGUGGCAGUGCCCGAAGGGCUGCCUCUGGCUGUCACCAUCUCGCUGGCGUACUCUGUCAAGAAAAUGAUGAAGGAUAAUAAUCUGGUGCGCCACCUGGAUGCCUGCGAGACAAUGGGCAAUGCCACGGCCAUCUGUUCGGACAAGACUGGCACACUGACCAUGAACCGUAUGACAGUGGUGCAGGCGUAUCUUGGCGACACACACUACCGCCAGAUUCCCGAUCCAGAUGCCCUGCGGCCUGAGACACUGGAGCUCAUCGUCACCAGCAUUGCUGUCAACUCGGCCUACACCUCCAAGAUUUUGCCUCCAGAGAAGGAAGGGGGGCUACCCCGCCACGUGGGGAACAAGACGGAGUGCUCCCUCCUGGGCCUGGUGCUGGAGCUGAAGAAAAACUACCAGCAGGUGAGGGACGAGGUGCCGGAGGAGAAGCUCUACAAGGUCUACACCUUCAACUCCGUGCGCAAGAGUAUGAGCACGGUGCUGAAGAAUCCCGACGGGUCUGGAUACCGCAUGUACAGCAAGGGGGCCUCGGAGAUCGUCCUGCGCAAAUGUUCGCAGCUCCUGGAUGCGAAUGGAGAGGCUCGGGUUUUCAAGCCCAAAGACCGCGACGAGAUGGUGAGGAAGGUGAUCGAGCCCAUGGCCUGCGACGGGCUGCGCACCAUCUGCCUGGCCAUGCGGGAUUUCCCCGCGGAGCCGGAGCCCGACUGGGACAACGAGAACGAGAUCCUGUCCGAUCUGACGUGCAUCGCCGUCGUGGGCAUCGAGGAUCCUGUCCGACCAGAGGUGCCUGAGGCCAUCACCAAGUGCCAGAGAGCAGGAAUCACAGUCCGCAUGGUAACAGGCGACAACAUCAACACCGCGCGUGCCAUUGCCACCAAGUGCGGCAUCCUGCAGCCUAACGAGGACUUCCUGUGCCUGGAGGGUAAAGAGUUCAACCAGCUGAUCCGCAACGACAAAGGAGAGGUCGAGCAGGAGCGCCUGGACAAGGUCUGGCCGAAGCUGCGCGUGUUGGCUCGCUCGUCCCCGACAGACAAGCACACGCUGGUGAAAGGGAUUAUUGACAGCACGGUUGGGGACACGAGACAAGUGGUGGCCGUGACUGGAGAUGGAACCAAUGAUGGCCCUGCCCUCAAGAAGGCGGACGUUGGCUUCGCCAUGGGUAUCGCUGGGACAGACGUGGCAAAGGAGGCCUCUGACAUCAUCCUGACCGACGACAACUUCACCAGCAUCGUGAAGGCGGUGAUGUGGGGCCGCAACGUCUACGACAGCAUCUCCAAGUUUCUGCAGUUCCAGCUGACCGUCAACGUGGUGGCCGUGAUUGUGGCCUUCACCGGUGCCUGCAUCACUCAGGACUCCCCUCUGAAAGCCGUGCAGAUGCUGUGGGUGAACCUGAUCAUGGACACCUUCGCCUCCCUGGCCCUGGCCACUGAGCCGCCCACGGAGUCCCUGCUGCUCCGCAGACCCUACGGCCGCAACAAGCCCCUCAUCUCGCGCACCAUGAUGAAGAACAUUCUGGGGCAUGCCGUCUACCAGCUCACCAUCAUCUUCACCCUCCUGUUUGCUGGGGAGAAGUUCUUCGACAUCGACAGCGGGCGUAACAGUCCACUGCACGCGCCCCCCUCUGAGCACUACACCAUCGUCUUCAACACCUUCGUCUUGAUGCAGCUGUUCAACGAGAUCAAUGCCCGCAAGAUCCACGGGGAGAGGAAUGUCUUCGAGGGCAUCUACCGCAACCCCAUCUUCUGCGCAGUGGUGAUCGGGACCUUUGCCUGCCAAAUCAUCAUUGUCCAGUUUGGAGGGAAGCCCUUCUCCUGCUCCGGCCUGACUGUUGACCAGUGGCUGUGGUGUGUCUUCAUCGGUGUGGGCGAGCUGCUCUGGGGUCAGCUGAUCUCGGCCGUUCCCACCCACCGGCUGAAGUUCCUGAAGGAGGCCGGACACGGCAUAACCAAGGAGGAGAUCCACGAAGAGGAGUUCACGGAAGGGGCGGAUGAAAUCGACCACGCUGAGAUGGAGCUGCGCCGGGGCCAGAUUCUGUGGUUCAGAGGCCUCAACCGCAUCCAGACGCAGAUUAAAGUGGUGAAUGCAUUCCGUAGCUCCUUGUACGAAGGCAUAGAAAAGCCAGAAUCCAGAAGCUCCAUCCAUAACUUCAUGUCCCAUCCCGAGUUUGUCCCCCUGGCAGAAGAAGAGUCCAGGAUCCCCGGAAGCAAGGAAAGCAGCGUUGAGGUUGAGGGUCUCUCCCGCUCCCCAAAAGGAAAGGGGGGUGCAGGGACGCACACCCCCAACCGCAACAAUAAUGCCUUGGACAUUGUGGCUGCCCCCUCCUGUGGCCCCUCCACCCCCCCUGGCAGCCCCCUGCAUAGCCUGGAGACCUCGGUCUGACGACCUUUGAACUCUGAACGCCGCAAUGCAAUCGGAAGAGUGAGCGCGGUCUGCGAAGGAUGCACGGUUUCAGAAAAGCUGCAAGCCCACUGACGGGCACCAUCGUGGUUGUGUGAAUGAACGUGUGUGUGUGCAAGUGCGCACGGGGUGGGGGGGGGGGGGUGUG